AUGAAGCGUGUGGUCACCGGCUGGCACGUGUGCGUCGGCGCCGCACGCGCGGGUGGUGGGGAAGUGGGUACUGAAAGGAACAUCCUGUCCGCUGGUUCUGCUGUCAAGAAGAUUGAGGAUAUUGUGAGAAGUAUGCUUGCCAUGGGAUAUGUUCUCGGAAAGGAUGCUCUCAACAAGGUAAAGUCCUUUGACGAGCAGCACCAUCUUACAUCAAGUGCCUCAGCUACACUUCUCCAACCAUCAGUGGCAUCCCUGGACAGCAAGAUUGGCCUUAGUGAAAAGAUUAGCAUGGGCACUUCAUUGAUCACUGGGAAGUUAAAGGAAGUGGACAAACGAUUCCAGGUCACUGAGAUCACCAAAUUGGCCAUUACAGCCACUGAGCAGACAGCUACCAGUGCAGGAUCUACACUCAUGAGCAAUCAAUAUGUUUCAACAGGGGCUUCAUGGCUCUCAAGUGCAUUCAAUAAGGUUGUGAAGGCAGCUAGUGAUCUGAGUGUCAUGACUCAAGACAAGGUGGACAAAGCUGAAGAGGAGAAGCAAGAGAAUAGCAGUAGGGAGAGGACGGGGAUGGUGAGCGAGAAUGCUCAGCUGCACUUUGAUGAGACAUCACUGGAUGAUUCUCCGACUGUCCCGGUUUCUUAUCAUGUUGAGAAGAGUAACCAUGUUAUCAUAUUAUUAUCUGAAAUCUAG